AUGGCGAGCCCCAAGCGGCAGAAGUCCGCAGGGAAGGGCGAUGGGUUUCCAGGCCGGCAGCUCGCGACUCUGCGGAGCUCCUCUGCGACCCUGUCCCUGGAUUCUGCGGGAGGCUCCAUUGCAAGCUUCCGGCUGGGCGCAUUGACCAACCCCCUCUGCUGGGACUCGGCGGUGCAUGAUCAGAAGGACCCGUCCGACUGCAACCCGAGGCCUCUGGGCCACUUCCUGUGCCUGGAUCGAUGGGGCCCACCUUCGGCGGCCGAGCACGCCAACGGCAUGCCCUAUCACGGUGAAGCUUCGUCUGCGCGCUGGGAUGUUCAGGCGGAAGACGGGAGUCUACGCCUCUCUGCCACGUUGCCCCUUGCGGGCCUCUCCGUGACGCGCCGCGCGCGCCUUCUCGAGGCCCCGUGCGCCGUCCAGGCAGCUCUGGCAGUUUUCGAGGACGAAGUACGGAACGACGCCAAGCUGGGCCGCAUGUACAACAUGGUGCAGCAUCCUUCCAUCGCCGCUCCCUUCUUGACCCGCGAAACAAGAGUGGACUGCAACGGCAUGCGCGGCUUCACGCAGUGCGCGCAGGAAGCAGUCGGGGCGUUGCCGUGGACGACGCCCAGCCGCUUUCCAGAGGCUAGGACGACAAGCAGCAGGGAUGCCCGGCAGAUGACCGGAGGCCAUGAUGACGUGUUUAGCUACGAAGUGGAUCCAACUUGCGCCUACGGCUGGGUCACGGCAUACACGCCGAGUCUGAACCUUCUUUUGGGAUAUGUCUGGCCACGGGCCGACUACCCGUGGGUGUCUCUCUGGUGCAGUUCAUCCGGGGAGGAGCCGCGGGCUCGCGGCCUUGAGUUCGGGACAACUGGCCUCCACCAGCCCUUCCCCGUGCUCUCACAACACCCUCGGAUCUUCGACCUGCCGACCUUCGCGUACCUGGAUGCGGGGGGGAGCUGCCUCAGGCGCCUUCGGUUUUUUUUUGGGUUUUUUGGGGUUUCGGGGCACUGGAGGGUGUAG